AUGAAGAUACUUAUACAAAUUCCUAAAAUCAUGCACAAGGAAACUGAAGCUUUGGCAGAGGAGCUUAUGUGUAUAUUUCCAAGUGAAUGUAGCAGUGCUGCUGAUGAAUCAGAUGAUUCUAAUGAUAUUGAUUUAAGAAUACGGAUAGUUCAAGACAUCAAGCCACAGUGGAUACUGUUAAAGAAUGCACGAAUGGAGCUAGUGUUCAAGAUCAUCCAUUACAAGUCAAGAACAUAUAUGGGAGUGUGUAAGCCGAUUUCUAAAACUGAUCCGCCACAGCUAGUGGUAAACAACUUCACAACCGAUGUUGGAAUGAAGGUUGCGGAGUUUCUUAUGGAAAUGUUUCCAUUUGCGCAGGAAUCGAGACAAGUCGCAAAUUUUACAGUGGAAGGCGACUUUCUGUACUUUAGGCUGUACAAGUACUGUUUUGGAGAGAAAGGCCCGAUACUGGAAAAUGUAGGGCCUCACUUGACAUUGAGAUUGUGGAAGCUAGUGGAGUAUGGAGAAGGACAAAAAAAGGUGAUGAAUUUCAAAAAGUUUAUCAAAAAUGCAUGCGUAUUGUAA